CACUAACUACCUAAACCACCUACCCGUCCUCCACUCUCCUCCCAUCUCCAGUUCUGCUCCACACUGUACCUCCAGCGCUACUACAAUACUACUGCUGCUACUGCUACUGCUACUCACAGACAGGUAUCCACCUCAACUCUCCGUGGCACCAGCAGGUAUCGGAGCAAACACCAUCCACCCACCUCAACGAAUGACCCCUCUUCACAUACCCACAUAAGACAUGACUGUCGCUCGAACAUCACCCGCCAACACAUGAUCACACCCCUUCCACCAUCACCAUGAAGUUCGGACGCGAAUACGAAACGGCACUGGCCAAUGAUGGUUUCCCUCAGGAAUGGGUUGCACGCGCCAUCGAGUACAAGAAUCUGAAAAAGGCCAUCAAGAAGGUGCAUCGCGAGUUGGAGUCGCUCGGACUGGACCAUCAGACAUUGGUCAACCUCAACGAGCUGGUGUUACAUGGCACAACCCCCAAGCCGGAAACGACUGCCAGUAGGGACUAUUUCGCCGGCACUCGACCGAGUCUGAGCAGCAUACCGGAGGAGUUCAGUCCACAACUACGUAUCCUGGUGGAUGGCAAGACCGGUGCCCCUCUGGAUGCCAAGUUGGCGCCCGAGACGUGGGAGUCGCUGCGGAAACUCGCCCGGUACGAGAUGGUCGUUAAUCGUCGUCAGGAGCACAUGGGCGACCACGCACAUACACACGCCGUGGCAGAGCAUGUGACCUCUCCUCCCGUGCAACAGGAUCAAGCACGACCGUGUUCGCCCGCGCGUGUCGCAGACGCUAGAUGGGUACAAGUACCUCUCGCUUCUGCCAAGGACUUCUUUCAGAUGCUCGAGCCCAAACUUAUGGAGCUGGACUGUCUUCGCGACGCCGAAACGCACAAUCUGGAGGAGGAAAUUCUAGACCUGGGAGAGGCCGUGGAGAAUGUGAUUCAACCCGUACGGGAAGGCUACGAAGCGAAGCGAGGCAUGUCCUAUCGCGAUCUGUACUUCUGGAGAGAAAUGUUCCGGCUGUACCUGGAAACACCCAUCUUCUACUCGGAAACGGAACGACGACGCGGGGCACUCACGUACGCAGAAGCACGGACGAACCUGGAGAACUACGAUCAGCAGCUCCGGGACACGAAACUACUCGACAAGAUGCGAACACCACAGGCCAAAGAAGCAGCACGGCGCUUUCUCGACCUCAAUCUCCACAUUCUCAGCAUCAUGCAUUUCCAGGAGAUGAAUAGCAAAGCCAUGACCAAGAUUAUGAAAAAGUUCAACAAACGAACACAUAUCGAGGGCAACGAAUUCGUCUCGAGCCUGGCCGUGAAGUAUCCCGCAAUCGCAGCCAAGUCUUCUGCAGGUGGCUUCGCAGACAGCAUUGCUCGUGACAUGCAUGCCGAGAUUGGCUCCAAAGUCCUCGCCAUCGUCCCCCAACUGGACGAUUGGAUCUGUCCUGUAUGCUACGGCAUGGCAUGGAGACCCGUCAAUUUGGGGUGUUGUCGAUCCGUCUUUUGCAUCCGAUGCAUCAUCCACCUCCAAGAUCAGGACAUGAAGAAAUGUCCCAUGUGCAAUUCCGAGUCGGUGUUGAAGGCCAACGGCGCCAACAUUCACUUCGAAACGAUGGAAUUCUUGGAGAAAUAUUUCCCCAUGGAAGUGAAGAAGCGACAAAAGGAGAAUGAGCGGGCACUCCUCGUGCGGGAUUACGGCGAGGACUUUGUCAAGCCCAGUUGUUCGUUGAUGUGAGUGAGUGAGUGAGUGAGUGCGCAGGGAGGGAAGAAACAACAGACUCUUUGCAACGCGAACAGAGAAAACGCAUGCAUGCAUCCAGCAGCAGUCACCAAUCACCAUUGCAUCGUCUAUCUACUUUAGGUAUAGGUAGCCCGGGAGUUUUACCACAGAGUAUGGGGCGGGAAUUGCGUUUGUUUGUCAAAAGAGCAUACGGUAUGGGUAGGUGGGCGUGUGGAUGGGUGGCACUUUCCCUUUUUUUUCUUUUUCGAUACCCAGCCGCGAAAUCGGCAGUCACGACACGUAAUGUCACACGGUACGGUAGGUAUAUAUACCUAGAUAGAGGUAGAUAGAUGGAUGGAUGGAUAGGGUAGAUCGAUAGAUCAGUUACUAGUAGUAGCGUCAACAACAGAGACAUUUAAGUAAAC